AUGCACGAUGGAGACAUUGAUGCAGAGUCCAAUACCAAACAGGAUUUGACUCGGAAUUUGGUCUUGCCAUCAGUCUCAAAGUGGCUGCCAUCUAGGGACGAGCACAGCGACUACUGGUGGAACAUGGCCGGGCCUCACUUCUCAGCACUCCUCCAAAAUGCCGGCUACAGCAUCAAGGCCCAGUAUGAGACUCUCCUCUUUAUCUAUCACCAGAUCGCGCCAAGGAUGGGCCCUUCCCCCCUUCUCAUGAAUUCAGAUCGGCCAGACAGCGGCCUCUCCCUUGACGGCACCAGGUUUGAGUAUAGUUGGAGAUGGAAUCAAUCUUACACCAAGCCUGAGGUACGCAUGGUGGUAGAGCCUUUCAGUCGAUUUGCUGGCACCUAUAUGGACCCUCUCAACAUACGGCCGUCCAUGGAAAUUCUAUAUUCGAUGAAGUCACAGGUUCCAUCUCUCGACAUGACCUUAUUCAAUCACUUUAUCGUCAAGUUUUAUGACUCUGAAUGGCACAGAUAUCUGGAGACAAGCGAAAGGCCUAUCGUUACGAAUGUGUGUCUCGGCUUCGAGUUCCUAGGCAGCGACAUUCUUCCUAAGGCUUAUUUUUUCCCGCGAAAACUCGGCCAAGUUGGUCUCACCCCUAUGCAAGUUUGGGAGGAUGCAAUCAUCACUGCCAUUCCCCAGAGUCCUACAGUAGCAACUGUUUUAUCCUUCGUCAAGAUCGACGCUCCAAGGCUCGGCCUAACGUUGGCACCAUUAUGGCUUGGCAUCGACGUGGUGAAUCCAGUCGAAGCCCGUCUCAAGUUUUACUGCGUUGAGUCGCGAACCUCCUUUGAUAGCGUUAAGUCUAUCUUGACUAUGGGUGGGAUUAUUGAGAUUGCUCCAAACAUGUUAGCGAUGAUUUGGGACCUCAUGAAAGCUGUUUGCGACCUCCCAGACGAUUUCCCUCAGGACAAAGAUCUUCCCAGAGCGCCGCAGUAUAACCCACUGACCGACGGAAUCGAAACAGUUGGUCUCUGGGGGACCUUUGCAUACUAUUUCGAAAUUGGACACGGUCGAGUGCUGCCCGACGUCAAGUUCUACAUCCCCGUCUGUCACUACGGCACUAACGACCAGGCCAUCGCCUCGGCAACAGCCAACUGGAUGGAGAAAAACGGUCGAGGUCAGUAUGUGAACGCCUAUUGGGAUACGAUGCACAAGAUCAUCUCGCAUAGGAAGCUAGAUGAAUCCCGAGGUGCGCAAAUGUGGCUCUCCAUGAUGGUGAAGCAAGGCGAGUUGCAGGUGACCACAUACAUUGCUCCAGAGGGUUUUCAUCCCAACCGUUUGCAAGGACACAAGAUGUCUCAUAGAGCUAUCGCGGAACGCGUUAUAGGCAGCCAUUAG